AUGCCGCCGUCGCCCGUGCCCUUCACUGCUGCUGCUAGGAUCGAGCCUGCUCGAACUCAAACUUGGCCGCCGUUCUACCCGCGCAGGCUACUUAAACCUCAAACAUCCUCCUCUCCUUCCAUGGCCUCUAGCAUAGACGACUUUCAACAGUCCCGUCACGACCCUUAUGAGGAUGAACUAAACGAAAGCCCUGACACCCACUUCUUAUCACCAAUGCAGCUGUACGAGUACGAGGACUGGGCCGAUGACAGCGAGGAUGAGAGCGACAAUGAGGAGGUCGCUUGGAACGCUGGCAUCACCGACUUUGCCCUCUUCGACCGCGAUCGACGCAAUGCUUCCGAACAUCAACAACAUGUCCCUGGCAAAUGGCAAUCCCUUCUCGAGAGCCAGGCGUCUGCACUUCAACGUGCUGUCGAGCGGAACCGAUCAGGAUCACCUGCCGACGCCAGCCAACGACGAUGGACCCCUCUCAUGAAUGAUGUUCCGCAACUCACUCCCGAUCAUUCACCCAACCUCCGCGACGACUUCGAGAUGGACAAUGCCCACCGCGGCCGGAACUCACUUCGUCCUCGCGUGCCCGACUACCUUCACCUUCAACUCCCACCAGCCAUCAAGACCUCUUCAGAUCUCGACGAUGCCUACGACUCGCACGACAACAGCUCCCAGUACGACGACGACGAGAAUGCAUGCUCAUCUUCCUCCUCUGACAGCGAAGCCGAUGUUCCAGUCGCCGCUCUGAUCGCUCGUGCGCGCGAACGCCGCCUGCAGUACCGAAAGCUUCAACGUCCAGGUCUCCGCUACAACCGCACCAUGUCCGGCAAAGUCCAUGCCUGGCGUCGUCCGAGCGUGCACAUCUACCCAUUGGGUGAAGAUCGCGAGGCAGAGGCCGCGGCGGAAUGA